AUGGCGACCGAUCAUUCUAAGGAUACUAUUCGAGCUAACUGGAAGGCUUUUGUGGCCAUUGGUGUCAUUAUUUUGUCUCCGUUCCAGUAUGGAAUCGAUUUUGGUCUCAUCGGUGGUCUCCAGGCCAUGCGAGGCUUCCUCGAGGUCUUUGGCCACGAGGCUCCCGAAACACCCAUAGGAUGGAACCUCACGCACACCCGCCAACAGCUCAUUACCUCGCUCAUGACCCUUGGUGCCUUCAUCAGCUCUGGAUUUGCCGGACUGGCUGCCAAAAAGUUCGGCCGAAGACAUUGUCUCUGGGCAGCAUGCGUCCUCUGCUGCAUCUCCAACAUCAUCAUGAUGGUCACAACGAAUAUCGGAGUCCUCUACCUUGGCCGGCUGCUGAUCGGCUUUGCCAACGGCUACUUCAUGACCUUUUCUCAACUCUACAUUCAGGAGACCAGCCCUGCCAAAUACCGCGGACUGUUCCUCUCGAUUUUCCAAUUCUGUACCUCGUUUGGGACUUUGAUUGGCACCAUCAUCAACUGGAGAACGGCUCCCAUGGACGGCAAACAAGCGUACCUGAUCCCUCUCGGGCUGAUCUACGUCGUCCCCGUCCUCAUCAGCAUCGGGAUGUUCUUUAUCCCCGAGUCCCCCCGCUGGCUGAUCCUGCAGGGCAAACAAGAGGCAGGCAUCAACGCUCUGACCUGGCUCCGGCCCACAGGCGCAGACGUCGCACUCGAAGCCGAGGAAAUUCGCGCCGCCAUCGAGAAGGAGCGUGAACUGGGCAGCAGUGUCGGCGUGCUUGACAUGUUUCGAAACCCGGUCGACCGCCGUCGGACGAUGCUGUCCGUCGCCGCUGUCACCCUCCAGGCUGCCUCGGGAUCCAUGUUCAUCAUUGCAUACAAAGCAUACUUCUUCACCAUGGCCAACGUGGACGACCCGUUCGCCAUGUCCAACGUGCUGAGCACGGCCGGCCUCGCCGCCAUCAUCCUCAACUCGCUCAUUGUCGUGCGCUACGGCCGCCGCCGCGUCCUCCUCAUCACCGGUCUGCUCGUCUGUGGAUGCCUGCAGCUCAUCAUCGCCAUCGUCUACGACCACAAGCCCGGCACGACCGCGACUGGCAAAGUCAUCGUGGGCCUCUCAUGCAUCUACAUGAUGAGCUACAACGGCAUGAUCGCCACGUACGCCUGGCUCUCCGGCGGCGAGAUCCCCUCGCAGCGCCUACGCAGCCACACCUUCGGCCUCGCGGCCGCCAUCGGCUUCGCGGGCGCCUGGCUCACCACCUUCACAGCCCCCUACUUCAUCAACCCGGACUCCCUCAACUGGGGGCCCAAGUACGGCUACAUCUGGUUCCCGUCCUGCGUCGUCGCGGCCGUCUGGGUGUUUUUCUUCUUGCCCGAGGUGAAGAACCGCACGCUCGAGGAGGUGACGGAAAUGUUUGAGGCGAGGCUGCCCGCGAGGAAGUUUCGGACGUAUAGGUGUGUGGGCGCCGUCAAUGCCGCGGCGGUGGAGGAGAAGUUGGGGAGGCGGAGUGUCGAGGAGGAGAUUGCGAGGGAUGGGAAGGCGAGUGCCGAGGUGCAGGUUACUACUGCUUAA